CACAAAAGAUCUGAUGUACUGUAAUAUUUUUCAGUGAAAAUCCAUUUGAACAUUGAGAAAUUUGAGAAUUCACAAUAAAAAUAUGGUAAAAUUUAUUUAAAUGCGUGAGCCAAAUUCAUGUUAGACUUAAUGUCACCAUAUGGGGUUAUGAAGGUCCUAGAGGAGGAGGUCAUAGUAGUUCAGGGAGGAAUUUGACCCACAGUAUCAAACUGCCUGUGUUCAGUAGCUAAUCACCUUCUGUUUGGUUUGAAAAUCCCAAGUUGUUUUUUGUUUGUUUUCAUAUUGUGCUCAAUUUCUUUGUUGUUUGUAUUUGUUAUUUGCCUUUGUCAUUCACUACCUGCUUCUUUGAGACAGGUUCUAAUGAAAUGUUUUGCAUUUGCUUUCUUUAUUCUAAAUCCUCACUUUAAAAUAAUGUGUAAAUUUACAAAACAUGUUGGAAUAUAACACUGAAGGGUCCAUUCUUCCAUUCACCUCUGGAGAUCAAAGAAAUUAGAGAUGGAAAAGACUGACCAGUUUAUUUGCAUUAUCCUUUUGUUGUAACAGGAUUGUGCCAUUCAAUCAUAGAAUCAUACAAAUGUAAGGCUAAAAGGGACCUCGAGAAAUCAUCAAGGCCUGACCCCUGAGCUGAAGCAGGAUUAAGUAUAUGUAGACCAUCCCUGACAGGUGUUUAUGUAACCUGUUCAUAAAAACUGCCAGUGAUGGGAAUUCCACAAACUCCCUUGGAAGACAAUUCCAGAGCUUAGCUACUCUUGUAGAUAGAAAGUUUUUCUUAAUAUCUAACCUAAAUCUCCCUUGCUGCAGAUUAAGCCCAUUACUUCUUGUCCUACCUUCAGUGGACAUGGAGAACACAGGGAGAUGGAUUGAGGUGAUGGCAGGCACAAACCUUGACAGAAACAAAGCUUGUUGGUUACAAGUUUUUUUUGUUAAAUAAACCACUUAAUUUUCCUUUCCCCUUGUCAUCUCCCAACAGCAAUUACUAGCUUAAAUUCCAGAGAUCUCACACCCCUCAUGUCCAACAUUAGACACCUGCAUUCUGCAUAAGUGAGCGGUUCAAUGAGUAAAGGAGAGAAAGGUUUCAUAUAAGAAGAGAGGGUGGUGGUUCAGGAGUGUUCCAUGGAUAUGUUCCAUGGGUAGGGGGCAAGAUAGAAGAUGAUUGUGGGGGGAAAUGGACAAACGAGUAUUUGUCCUGGCACCACUGGUGUAGCAGAAGAUGGGGUGGGAAGGACACCAUAAGUAAGGCUACGAUUUUUUCAUGGAGGUCGCAGAAGUCAUGGAAUCCGUUACUUCCAGCGAACUCCGUGAAUUCAGCCCUGUCAGCCGGAAGCUGCAGAGUCCCCAUGCCGCUCCCUAUGGCUGCGAGUGUCAGGGCCCCACGGAGUUCCCAGCCGCUAUGGGCAGCAGGGCCACAGCUCCUGGCUGCAGCGGGCAGUGGGGAGACCCUGCAGCUCCACGUGGCCGCGGGUGCGAAGGGCCCCCAGAGUACCCAGCUGCCAUGGGCAGCGGGGCCGCAGCUUCUAGCUGCCGUGGGUGCGGGGCCACAGUUCCUGGAUUCUGUGUGCAGCGAGGGACCCCAGAGCUCCCAGCCAACACAGGCAAUGGGCCACAGCUCCUAACCUCAAUGGGGCCCCUGCAGCUUCCGGCCAAUCAGGGUGUGGGGGCUCCCCAGCUCUGAGCCGCCAUGGUGCUGGGGGUCCUUCAGAGCUCCCAGCCUCUGCAGGUGGCAGGGGUACCUUGGAGCUCUGAGGUGGGAAACUCUGGAGCUCCGAGUCCCCAUAGGCGGUGUGGGCACCCAGAGCUUGGAGCAGCCCCCGCAGCUGCCCAACCUCUGCAGGUGGUGUGGGACCCCACAGCUGGGCUCCCCAUUUUGUCAGGGUUAUUUUUAGUAAAAAUCAGGGACAAGUCAUGGGCUUCUGUGAAUUUUUCUUUACUGCCCGUGACCUGUCUGUGACUUUUACUAAAAAUAUCCAUGACAAAAUCUUAGCCUUAACUAUAAGAGACAAGGGUGGAUAAGUUGGGUGGGGGCAGAGUUAUGUAGGCAGUGUUGCCAAAUCUUGCGAUUUUACUGUGAUUGUUAUGCUAUCUAGUAUUUUUAUUAAACCCCAGCUUCAGGUCACGUGGUUUGAUGAGAAUCUCAGUUUUCAUUUUAAAAGAAAAAGUAAAUUUGUAGCCCUCAUAGUCGCAAGAAAAUUGUGAAAGCGUGAUCUGUGUGCAUGCUAAAGGCUCAAAAGCCAGAAGAGAAAUAAAAAGAACCUUGAAUAUAUUACGUUUUAAAAUCUUAUGAUUUUUUGGGACUUGAGUCAUUAUUUUUGAAGGCUUGGGACUGGCAAUACUGUGUAGGGUAUAGAAAGUGUUAAUAAGAAGCUUGAAUUUGAUGUGAUUGAGAAGGGAGAAUAAGUGGAGGGAUUCAAACAGGAGUGUGUCUACAAGAGGAUAAAGAAUAAAGGUGCUUUUUAAAACUGAGUUGGCUGAAAUGAUUUGAAAUGUCCUUUCGUGCCUACUGGAUACAGAUCUGCACCUUUAAAAUCAUGUUGUGGGGGUUGUAUUAGAACCUAGGGGGGAGCCUGUGUUACCAACAUGUCCAGCAAAAAUGUCGUUGUUUUUUCAGAAAUAUCCGCUGAAAAGCUUGGGAUGUAUAGUUUUGAGAUAACUGUUUUUUUUCCUUAACUGUGUCCUCUUUGACUAUAAAUGCUGUUUGAUUGGUCACCUAAGUCACAUGAUAAUGUUUCUGCUCUCCAAUUGGAUGACUGAAGCAAUUUAAAUAGAAGAAUAAUGAAUAACAAGCAUUGCUAUUUAGUAUACAUUUUCAAAUAUAUAAUUAUUUGGGCUAAAAUUCAUAAAAAGUUUAGUACUCACAGCUGUUUUCACAAAUACCUGGUAGCUGUCUGGAUACUAAGUUGCAAAUAAUGAAUAUGACCCCAUGGAUCUAGUGAACCAACUCAGCUUCUGGACACAAACAGAUUUGCAAAGCACUGUAUUUGCUAUUUGAACAGCUUUGAUUAGAAUGUUAGACUGCUGACUCUCUAGAGUCUUAAUUGGUAAAUGCUCCCUCUACUGUUUCUUGAAUUCUCCCCUCAGUCUGCAAUUACUGGUAUCUUGGCAGGAACACAGGUAGGUGCUUAGUGCAGGGAUUAAAAACUACUUUGCAAGAUUACAUUUAUUUUCCUCUCUGAUGGUUUUGCCAUUGCAGCAUUUUGUUCAAAAAGAUGAACCCAGGGCCUUCUGAAGGACCUGGGGCUAACACCCCACAGCACACACCCAAGACUUGUAGGCUGAGAAGGAAAUGUAACUUCUAAAUUCUUUAGGAUCAGAUUCCCAUCUGGACCCCCCCCAGACAGCUCUAGUCUAAACCAACCAACUACUGAGGCGUGUAGAUAACAUUUAUCAAAGCUCUCUCUAGCUUUGGCACCCAGGGUUUGUUUGGGUAAAACAAUAAACAUAUUAGACCUACCUGGCUGAUGGAGGGUUUUUGCUUCCUCCUGAAACCUUUGUUUGUAACGGGGAUUCGAAAGCUCAGCACUUGUGGAAUCUUCUGUGACUGCACAAAGAGGGGCUGUGGCAUGGACAAGCAGGCAGGCAGAAGGAAGAAAAAAAGCUACAACUACAGACAAACAAGCUUCCAUUCAGCUUGAGUUCCACCUUUGUCUCUAUUGUUUACCAGGGACCACACCCUGUUUGGAACUAUACAGCACACAGGACCAUCUAGAGGCUGAAUGAUAUACUAAGAAUCCACUUAGAACAGGUAUGCCUGUUUGACUGUCAUGGUCGUGGAUGAUGGAAAAGCAACCGUCAAACAGUAUCCUCGAUCAGUUUAUUAAUAGCCAGGAGCAGACAUAUGAAGAAUUUCUCAGCAUGUUCACUUAUCUUUGGAAAGAAGAGGUGAAAAUAAAAAGCCAAGUAUCUGAAAUGGAUUCCAUAGAAAAUACAUUUUCGAUGCCUGAGUUGUCAAACCAGAAUAAACAGACUGUUUCUCCUAUAAGAAACAAAGAGCCAUCAGUGUCUCUCUCAUCACAGAUUCUGGAUGAAGACCAGAUAAUGAUGGGUGAAGGCUGGAAAGUUGGCUGCUGUAACCAAGGUGACCUCAGUCUGACAAGAAGAGUGAAGGUGGACAAUUACUUGGAUUUGGAAGAUUUUGACACAGAUGAUGAAUUUGGUCAAGGGACAUAUAGUGCAGGGUCAUUAGUGCUUCCAGGAGAGGUGGAACAGACAGCGACUUACUAUACACCUUUCUUUGAUCAGCCUACUAAUCGGGAGUUCGGGACCUUGUCAAUUACACAACCGUCAAUCAGCAAAACACAAGAGCUAUGUGGGGAUGAAGUUCAGCUGUUCUCCCUUGAUGAAGAAUUUGACUAUGACAGUGUGGCAUUGACCCCCAAGUUCUCUGAGGCUGAGAUGAAGGCCAUUAUAAACUUGUCUGUACAGAAAAAAAUAGAUACACUUCUCUUACCUACUGCUCAGGUAGGUAUGUUCUAUACAUUGUCAUUCAGACUGAUCAUUACAUGGUUCAGUUUGGGAUAAAGAAAUACACCUCUUUGGUUAAUGCUGAACAAUUGUUAAACUCUGGUGCAACAUUCAUCUUGUGCAGAGAGGUGGGAUACUUCACUUAGGCCUCUCAUGAAUUUUCCUUUCUCCCUUUGCGUAUAGAGAUAAAUAUCAUAAUGGAGAACAGCACAGUAAGUUAGACUUGCUGGUCAGUUUAUUUUAUUGACCUACUUAGAUGUAACUGAGUUGUUAAUGUACCAUUUCAUUGCUUAUUUGCUGCUGGGAAACCAUAUUUCCUAUCCUGUAAUUAUUCAUCAAGUCUUUCUUCAGUUGAUAUUGAUACAUAUAUAGAUAGCACCUUAGAGACUAACAAAUUUAUUAGAGCAUAAGCUUUCGUGAGCUACAGCAUUUGGCCUGGGGGGAAGGGGAGAGAAUGACCUAACACACACACACACACACUUUUUAUUUGCAGCCAAUUGUACUAAAUUAAUUUUCCUCUCCUCCAAAAUCAGUUCUCCUGUACAUGGCAGAAAUCCACACAAGAAACAAUUCAAGGUUCCCCCUUGAGGAUUUUUCCUCUGGAUUGUUCCUUGAGGGUGGGGUAUGCCCCCCUCCCAAAAUGACCAGGAUUUUGAACUGCAAAUCUCACAGAUCUUGGAGGAUUCAUCAGAAUGCAGAAACUAUAGGGGGAAAAUGUAGAAAACGGAACUUAAAUAGUUCAUUUGUUAGUUUAAACACGAAGUCCUCUUGCACUCCUUCUCUAACUGCAGACACUUCAGAACAAAGAAAUCUAAUAUAUUUUCAAAUCACGUUUAGAGCAGUUAUUUUCCCAAGUCAAGUUAGUGUUAAUUAUAAUAUAGAUUAAUACUUUUUUAAGAGGAUAACUUGCUUGCAAGUGGUGCUAACACACACAAACAAAUAAUUCCCAUUUAUUUUAAAAUCUUUUGAUCUAACCUAUCUAUAUGAGGAUUGGGAAAACCUAGGGCAACAUUGGGCCUUAUGUACACUUUGGAAUUUUUUUUAGAAGUCCCUACAUUACUCAGAAAUAGUGACAGGUUGUUGAAGACGUUCAGAUUUGGGCUCAGAGCCAAACCUUUGUGGUAUAGAAAUCAACAUGGAACCAAAUUCCAUGUGUGGCACAAAUCCAACAAUCCCAUGUAUUGCACAGUUUGACUAACCAACAACUUGGAUAUCAAAAUAUCCACUUGGCUAGUGGGAUGAAAAAUGCAAAUGAAAAAUGAAAAAUGGUUUUUACCACUCAAUUUUAGUAGUACUCAAUGAUAGCCUGAUUUUCACUUUGGCCCAGAUUCUGCAGUCCAACUGAGGGCAGGAUAGGCCAAGGAGAGCAUGGUACCUGUUCAGAUUCACUUCACCAGGGGCUUGCAGUCUCUUCAGACUGCACCAUGAAGGAUCCUAAACCCUAGUUCAGUUGCAUGCAGGUAUGCACAUCUGCUGGUCAAAACUCCCUGCGUAAAGAAUUGUGGUGGAGCAGCUGUGGGUGCUAUUGCAGUCCUGAAGCUGUAGUAUUGGAUGCAGAGUGGCAACUGAAAAGGCUGGGGCAAAGAUUCAUUUGCUCUGACCCCAGCAGACCUCAUCAGCACAUAGUUCAUUUACUGAGGCUGAAUGCUGACGAGAGGACUUGAAAAUGUUGGCUUCACAAACCGCAAAAAUUCAGCUCACAAUAGUUCAAGUGAUACAUGAAAGAUGAGGAAACCCUUGAUGAUGAUUCUUGACAGCCUCACGAGAUGAGUUCCCUGCACCACAGAGAUGAGCACUUGUGAUAAGUAAGGGCAUUCCCACCGCUAUGAACUUUCUUGUGGUGAACUGGCAGUUAGCACAGGUGGGCGUGAGGUGCCACAUGUACCUUGGGGGUUCUCUUGAAGGGAAUGUAUCCUUUUCACGGAUUGGUUGGUUGCUUUGGCCAAUCCCUGACAUCUGAAAUUCUGCCAGGUGUUAAAUGUCUGCCUGUCCUUUCUGAAAACAAAAAGGUUGUUUUCUCUUAAAGGUCUUUAAUUAAGUUAUAAACUCCUCAAAUUAUAAUGAGUUUGGUAAAGCCAUUUGUGGAGACAUCUUGUUUGCAGGAGUAUUGUACAGCCAUAUCACAUGUUUAUGAUACGGUCAGAUACUAAGGAAGCAAAGCGGAGAUAUUUUAGCUUUACCACUUGUUUAUGAAAUGUUUGCAAGAAGAAAAGCAAGGGUUAAGAUGUACUGUCAGUCUUAUAGUCAAGCUAAACUAUCUGCAAUCACAUGGACUCGCAGCUAAAUGGAAAUCAGUUGUAAUAAAUUAUGAGAAUGCAAAA